AUGCAGAAGUCGGGUAUUACGGAGAAUGAAGCAGAUGAAUCAGAUUCUUUGUCUGAUGAUUCAAAUUAUCACAAACCAUUACGCAGAAGGAGAAGUGCAACUGUAUCCCCUGCAGCAAGAACUCGUUUUAGACAUCACUCUAAAAGCAGGCGACGUUCCGAACUGAAUUUGAUAACGCAUAAACAGGCUCCUUCAUUAAGACGACCCGAUGGAUUACACGUAUCACCGAGAUAUGAACAUAAAGAUAGUUUACGGAAAACAAGCAGUAUGCCAAGCUUUGAACAAGCGCAACAAGCACAUGUAGAGGCUAUACGACAGUUGUUAGAUUUAUUCCCGAUUUCUCCCUGCAACCAGAGUUCAAGUGCUCAUGAGGUCUGGCAGUCACAUCGGCAGAAUUUAGUGCCAAAAAUGGUCGAAUCAGAAUCCGAAGAUGAUAUCAUCAAUACAGAUAUCGAAGAAUUGCGUGAUGCGGCCCAAAGUAUUCAGUCGUUGCAACGUGUCCUAAAGGUUCCACCAGAAGCAACGAAUAUGAACGUGGAAAUGGUUGAUAGACGAACCGAUUGUCCAGUGGAGGGAGAUUCAAGCUCGGAAAGUCUUCGUCAAUCCGGUAUUGCAUCACGAUUAGGUGGACAUCCACGUGGGGUUAUCCAAUUUCUUCCAUCUGCUAAGCAAACUGAAUUUUUUCCAACACUGGACACCUAUAAUACCUAUAAUAAAAAUAAAACAAUGGAUAAGAAAACUUUGUUACGACGAAAGACUUCUCUUCCAGAAAUAUAUGAUCAGGUAUAUAAUUCUAGUGAUAUUAUUCGACCGAAGGCAGUGAAUAAUGCUUACAAGAAUAGUCGCUGGUCAUUUCGUAGUGACACUCCAAGUCUUCAGUAUUCAUCGAAAAAUGCUGAACUUAUGGAGCAAAAAGCGCCCAUAGACUCAUUAACUGGUGUUAGUCGCUUCUCAAAACUAUUGAGAUCAUUGCGUUCCUCCAGACAAAAUUCACCGGAACCUCAAACUUCUAACUCAUGGAAUCCUUUGAUUUAUACAACACCUUCUAAUGGUUUAAACGAUACAAUGAUGCAAGCCGAUCUACUACUUUGGAGUAAACGUUCUCGAGCAUCGAUGAAAAGGCAUAAUGACGUCCGCAAUAUGGCUAUUAGAGAACUUUGCGAUACUGAAAAAACAUUCGUUGAAAAUUUGGAAUAUCUCACCCAGAAGUAUAUGCGACCUUUACGACAACCACUGGAAUGCACAUUGAUAGAUCCAAUCUUGGCUGAUAAAAUUUUCUACAAAGUUCCAGAAAUCUUAAUUCAUCAUCAGCACUUUUUAGCAGCAUUAUGCGAUAGAUUGGAUACAUUUCAAAAAGAUGCAAGAAUCGGUGAUGUUCUUCUUUCUCAUCGUUGUCGACGAGAUCAUCGGAAUAAACUGGAUUUAGAUUCCUUGCUUAUUUCACCAAUACAACGAGUUCCACGUUACGAAUUGAUUGUGAAGCAAAUAAUCAAGCAUACGUCUGUGGAACAUGCUGAUUAUGAUAGCUUAUUGUUAGCUCAAAAAUACAUUCAUGAAUUGGCAACCAAAAUUAAUCGCCAAAAAGAAGAAAGUGAGGAAAUGGAGCAAAGACUACGUGAAAUUGAAGCAAUUGUUGACGGUCUCGAUGAUUUAGUGACAACUGGACGAUCGUUUAACCGUUAUGAUGUUGUAACGGUUCUUGGUACAAAGCAAAAUAAACAGCGUUGCCUAUUUUUAAUGUCUGAUGAGAUUAUCGUAACAAAUGUGAGGAGAAAAUCAUCACCCUCAUUUCAUUCACUAGAUUUCUUAAAUAACAAUCGUUUCAAACUACUUUUCAAGAUUUCACUGGAUGAUGUAGUAAUUGCUAAAGAUACUUUAUCGUUGCUGCAUACAGUUGAAAUGGAAAUACAAAAUGCGCAAGAAGAUAUAGAUAUUGUGAAUAAAAUGAGUGAAUUAUCGAAAUUGCUUAAGAAACCAAAUAUUGAAUUAGCAAAGAUAUUAGACAAUCUUGAAACUGAAAUGAUGCAUCGAAAACGAAUUCUUCAAGAACAGCUAACAUCAGAUCCAUUACUGACCAUAGUGCAGCUGCAAGUUACAACAACAAAUGGUGUUGGCAUACUCGUAAUACAGUUUCCUAGUGCUGAUCGACGUGCGAUUUGGGAGAAUGCAUUCAUGAAAGCGAAAACUUCACUAAAGAACGAAAUGCAUAAUGAAGAAAGGCCAAAUCACUUGAAAUCGAUUGUAACGCAUCGAACUCGUCCUGGUCUUACACUUAAAUAUGUUUUUAAUUCCCAGUUCUCGGUAGCAGCCGCAACUCUCGGUAAAAGUGCAGAAGAAGCACCGAAUGUUUGGGUUUGUGCAUCAGAUAAAUUUUCCGGUCAGGUUGCUGUUAUAAAUGUAAACGGUGAACCAACUAUAGAAAGUACUACGAGCAUCGGUAAUGCAGCAAUCGUUGCAAUCUGUUCCGUACCUGCUCCAAGGAAAAAAAGAAAAUUAGCAAAAUUGGUGAACUCACCGACGAGAGAUUUACCCGGUUUAGAACUUGACAGCACUUCAUCGGAAUCGGUUGAUUCGGAUUUAGAAGUAACUCGACAAAAUUUCCAAUCUACUGUCUGGAUUGGCAAUGAGGAUGGAGAAAUAUUUGUUUUCAAUUUUUUGGACAACGUUCGAUUGAAAGCUUGUGAAAGGAUGGCCAGACUUCCGAUGCCUGUGGAUGAUAUCGUUUAUUUAGAAGAAAAAGUUUUCGUUUCGAUCUCAUCAAAUACACACAUUCAGUUACUACAUUUCCAGAGAAACAAGGAAGGUAAAUGGGAUUUGGACAAUCCGAAAUCAGUUCAAAUAAAUUUUCGCAAACGUUUGAGACCAAUGAGCGUUGCUGCUUCACGACUUUGUUUUGCAUCUGGCAAUUCAGUUUAUCUGUUGAAUGCUACCACUUUACAAAUUGAGAAACAAGCAGCAGUAAGUACAAGUGCAAUGGAAACGGUAGCUUGUUUGGCUGUACUUGGUUCAACAAUUUUUGUGGCCAUGAAUAAAUCGUCGAUUGUUAAAGUAAUUGAUGCUUUUACCCUGGACUGUCAACAGGAGUUUAGUAUUUCACAUGUCGUUAAUAAGGCGUUAUCGAGUAGUGAAGAUAUCAUUCGUAAACAUAAGAUGGGGUGUUUGAGGAUAACAUCACUUUUAUGUUGUAACAAUCGCCUUUGGAUUGGUACUUCUGCUGGUAUCAUUAUCAAUACGAUCAUUCCGAAUAGCAAAAUGUUGGAUUGGACACCUUCUUUGAAUGGUAUCUUCAAAAAAUUUCUGACCGCUGUUUCGGCUACAGCAACAUCAUCAUUCGAUUUACGACGUCAGCGAAUGUCACUCAGUGCUCCCACAUUACAACAAGUUGAACAGAUGUUCGUAGUAAGUGGUGGUGAAGGAUUUGAUAGUGGUACUACGCAAGAUGAAAAACGUGAAAAUGAUGAUGUGUUGAAUUAUUUGUUAUUUUGGUCUGCUUAA